AUGGAGCCAAACAAUCUUGACAGAGGUCCGAGUCCGUCAAUCCAGACAAUGAAGUCGAGAGAAAUGAUCGAUCAACAAGUCGGUGGAGAAUCAUCAAGCAAAGGCAAUCCUCUUCCCGUCGAUCCUUCCACCAAAUGUGCAUUUGAUCAUUUGACGAAGUCGCAAGCUUCUGGUGAUGUUUGUCCCCCUGGAUCUAUUAGCUGGAAAUCAAUUGAGGGACGAGGCUCCAAACUUUUGGAAGACUCAGACAUCGAAAUGGAGAUGGGAGUUACAGGCCAUGAAAAUGGUGAACAAAUUGGCGUGGUUGUUGAAAGUGUUGAACCACGAGUUCGAUUGCCGGUAAUGACACAAGGAAUUUUCAAUUUCGUAGCCAUUACACAACUUCAAGAUGAGCUUGAGGAUGCCAAGAAAGAACUAGAUAAGCAGAAAGCAAAAUCUGUACUAUCAAAAGAUGAAAUCAUUCUACCAAAGAUAAUGAGUCUGCCACAAUUGAUGGAGAUGUUUCCAGCAGUGGGAGACCAGAUCGAUGCUAAGAUGGACCAGAAGUUGAGUGAUGCUCGCGAAGAAUACGAGAUGAAAUUCAAGAGGUUGCAAGAUGAACAUAAUGACGAGCUUUUAAGAAUAGGAGCAGUUGUAAGCGAGACGGAGUCAAAACUACACGAAGCUGAGGAAAAGUUGAGCGGCUUGGCAGGAUCUGGUCAGAGAUAUCCAAAUGAGUCGUUCCGUAAUGUCUUGCCUGGCAUUCAAAACUCUCAUGGUCCUUCAAGAAGCAAUACCAAGAGAAGAAAACGCCUUAAUCCAGCCGCACAGAGUGUCAACUAUCAAGCUCCACAAGCGUUUACUUUUGGUUCUCCUACCACUACCACAAACCCUUUCCGAAACAACGGAUUGGUAAAUGGCAAUGGUUCUUCUACCCCUUUUACAAACCCUUUCCGAAACAAUGGAUUGGAAAACCGCGAUGGUUCUUCUACACCACUUACAAACCCUUUCCGAAAUAACGGAUUGGGGAACGGUGAUGGUUCUCUCACCCCUCUUGCAAACCCAUUCCGAUUGGCAAACGGCGACGGCCAAAAAGGAUAUGCGACGAGCCUAUUCAACCUGAGUUCGGCAGAGAUGUCAAGAGAGUGA